UUCACUACUUCUUUCUCUCACUUUCAUAUCUUUCCCAAUCUUUCUGUCUAGAGACUCCUCAAACUACCUCACACUCGUUCAAUCAAGCUCUUCACUUACAAUGCUCGCUUCUCUCCUGUUGCUCCCUCUCGCUGCGGCCGCUCCCCUCGGUAAUGGACUCGGGGCCCUCUCUGGACUCACAAGUAUCACCAGCGUUCUUACUGGCUCCGCUAAAGCCAAUGCUCACGCCGACAUUGACGUCUUUGCGUCGGCCUUCGUCAGCUCGUACACUGGUGGUCAAUAUAACACUUGCAAGAACCUCGGUGGGUUCCCUUUGACUGGUCUGUUGGGACUCAACCUCGACUUGGAUGUCAACCUCAACCUUCUCACUUCCACCUGCACCGACUUGAACACUUGGGUCGGCGGAAAGUGCUUUGCCAAGUAUGGUGACCACGGUCUCUGCACUGAGCUCAGUGCCUACCUCACUGCCACCGUCUAUGCUUGGAACCAAGGCUGGACCGGAGCCGACUUUUUCGCCUGCCUCGGUGUCGACUACGUCACUCGAUGGCAAGCACUCUUGGGAGGUCUCUGCAAGUACCAGGGAUGCCCUCAAGACAAGUGCAAGGCCAUUGGUACCCAGUGGACUGGUUUCUUCAACGCCUACGCCAACAUCGAUGCCAGUGUCUACGCCUCGCUGGUGAGUACAUAUCAAGGUCGUCAGCAUUGUUACCACCUGACUGAUUCGGGGCGCGACAGCGAGCUGAGCUUGAACACGCUGGAAUCUGGGCCCUCAUUCAAGCCAAUGCCAACCUCUGGACCGGAGUUACUGGCGUCGUCCACCGAGACCUGGAAACUCUCGACACACUCGCCUAGAUUUCCAGCAUCUUCUGCCACUGUGCGUGCCACAUCGUGGAGAGACUUUUCCUACCGAGAAUACCCCGACGGCCUCGACAUCGCAUCCAGUUCUUUAUUUCAUUCCAGCAUUGUCAGCAUAUAUUUUCCUUAUGGCUCUUUGUUGUUUCCUUGGGACAUUCCACACGAUGGGUUAGGAAGUUAGAGACUGUAGACAUUGGUCAAAAAUGCCUACAAGAAUGCAUCCUGCUGUUGUCUUUUUUUCCAAA